AUGACGGGGUUGAUGAGGGAGUUGAGAUAUCCAAGCCACGUGAAAAAGUCAAAGAUGGCCAUGUGGAACCAGCAAGCGUCCUUGCAAAUAGGCAUCACCAAGCUGAUGAUGAAAAAGGGCAGCCAACACACGAUGAAGGCUCCUAAAAUAAUCCCUAAAGUCUUUGUAGCUUUCCGCUCUCUAGCGGCCGUCAGCUUCUUUUUCUCCAGCAGGGCGUCCGAGACCUUCACCUUCACCUGGUUCAUGUACACGGGGGAGCCCGUUUCGCUGGAUCCCUCGGGAGCCUUGGAGUUUAUGGACUCUUUUACCUGCUUUCUUUGGCGUCUGCUUCAAAAUCCGCGACCUGGCUUCCACGUAGAUCCUCCCGUACAGGGCUAUGAGCAGCAGAGUGGGGAAGUAGAAGGCUCCUACUGUGGAGUACACGGUGUACAGGACGUGGUCCGUGUUCACCACACAGUUAGAUACUUCCUCAGCCUUCGCCUGCCGCCAAAACAAAGGGGGCAUGGAGAUGCAGAUGGAGAAGAUCCAUACCAGUGCGAUCAUGCCCGCUGCCCGCUUGGGAGUCCGUUUCGUGGAGUACUCGACGGCGUCGGUGAUCGCCCAGUAGCGGUCCAGGGCGAUGACACAGAGGUGCAGGAUGGACGCCGUGCAACAGGUGAUGUCCGAGGACAGCCAGAUAUCGCAGACGAUCUGACCCAGCGUCCACCUGCCGGUCACAGUGUACAUGGUGCUGAUGGGCAUGACAAGGAUGGAGACGAGGAGGUCGGUGACGGCCAACGAGGCGAUCAGGUAGUUGGCCGGCGUGUGGAGUUUCCUCGUCUGGUAGACCGUGGCGAUGACAAAGGCGUUGGAAAGCACCGUGGCCAGGGUGACCAGCGCCAGGACGACGGCGAGCACGAUCUUCCCGGAGAGAGGGGUGGCAUCUUGGUAAACCACUUCCUCGGCGCUACAGUUUCGGUAAGAGUCGUUGGCGGAGCCCAACUGCGCCCGGCAGGGGCCGGCCGGCUCCAUCCCUCCGCGGCCGCCGCCCCCGCAGACGGCGGGGCUCGGCGCGGCACGGCGGGGCCGCUACCCUGGCAGGACCCCGUCGGCGCCGGGGAAGGGCUGCAGCAUCGCCGCGCCGGCACCACCUCCCCGCCCGCCUGCCCGCCCUUCCGGGAGCUCCGAGCGGGCUCCGCGGAGCCUCACUCCCCACGGGCGAGGGAGCCGGGCAAACCGGGGGCCAGGCGCGCCCGCUCGCCCCGGCAGCUCAUCGCCCCGCCGCCUGCCCGCGGAGCGCGGCGAGCCCCGGACAUGGGGCUCCCGCCCCGGCCGCCCCUAAGCGCAGCCCGGCCGCCCGCGGCUGCACACCGUGUCUCGACGGGCGCGGCGGCAGCGCCGCAUGCCCGCGGGCGGCGGCCUCGCCCCCCGGGCUGCGGGCGCGACGGCGGGGGCUGCGGGGGCAGCGGAGCCGCCCCGCCGGGCCGUGCCUUCACACGCAGCCCGCCGCAGCAAGUUUGCAGCCGCCGCCGCGGGUGCGGGCGGAGCAGGAGGAGAAAGAGGAGGGUCCGCGGGAGGCACGGGGAGAGACCACCUCCCAUUGCGCCCCGCCGCGGGCCAUGCUGUCGAGGCCCGGCCUCCGCCCAGCACUGGCAGCCGCGGGCAGGGGCCGGUGCGAGUGAGCGGCGAGCAGCCGCCGCCCCUUUUAUAGCGGGCGGCGCGGCUCCGCCGGCACCGAGCAACCGGUGCCGCUCUCGGGCGGGCUGCCCGCCCGCCUGCCCGCGGAGGAGGAGCCGCCGCCGCCUCCCUUGGCCCUCCCUCCGGCACCUACGAGCCGCCCGACGGGGGGGUGGGGGGUUCGGCCCGCUCCGGCCCCGCGCACCGCCCCACCGCCGGCCCCCCGCCCCUGCCCCUGCAGGCGUCGGGAGGAGCCCGAGCUCGUCCCCCGCCCAGGCGGGGAGCAGCCCCUCCUCUUUCAGCCCGACGAGGGAUGCCACGGCACGGGCGGAUGCAGGUGCUCCUUGGUGCUGCCGUUGUUCCCAUCCUGUCGUGCACCGUGCCCGCUACGCCGUGGGGCUGGGCGGUGCCAGGCUCCCCAGGGAGCCCGGCGGGGCUGCGCCCGGUGUGCUGCCCGCCGCCACGUCCCGGCGGCGGUACACGUGCCGCUCGGUGCCGGAGCUCGGCGUGCGGGAGGGGCCGGGGCCGUGCGGGACAGGGGCGCAGCCGGAGCGGGCACGCACCCCGGGACCGCCCGCCCUGCCCGCCGGGAGAGGGGCUGCGCAGCGGGCGAGCCCCGCUGCAUUAGAGGCUCCUCCAUUGCUCGGCAGGCGGGGACAGGAGCAGCGGGAGCGCACGUUUGUCCAGGUCCCGCAGCUCCUGCCAGCGUUUGUUCUCAGCAGCCGCAGGAAAGUUUUGCACACAAAGGGAGUGCGAGCUUGCUUUUUGCUGGGUCAGGAUAAUUCCAAGCUCGGCGAAAUGCGUAUGCUCCAGCCCAACUAAAUCUCCUGAAGAUAACACGACAAAUUAAGAGGAGUCAAGCGUUUUCAGUCUGCAGGCACGUUUGUGCGCAUCUCCGUGUGCUGCUACAUGCCUAAGUUCUCUGUAAACUCUCAGCAGUUCCCUCUUGGACAUCUCCGCCUGGCUGUUUUCCUCUGUGAUGAAAAAGCAAUCGGUUUCCCUG